UUCAUUAGCGAGUAUUCAAGCAGCACCGGGAGUUUGCGAAUAUUUUAUUUCCUCAGUUUAUGUUGAACGGAGCGCGACAGGUGAGGAUCACAAACGCCCAAAGUUUACGCAGAAAAGACAUGAACAUUUUGUCAUUCCAAUGCGUUUGGUGGCUCGUAUUAAGCUUCACUGGUCUGUUCGUCGCUGCUCUGGAGAAAGAAAUCUUCUCCAACGAACUCUUUGAUAAUUUUCUGGAGGAUCUACGAGACCUGUCAGAUGUCAACAAAGCCAAUGUCAAGUUUUCUCUGAGAAACCCAUCCCAACCAGAUGACGACGUGUGUUACAUUGUGCGUGGCAAACCAGAGACUCUCAACAGCUGCAACUUCAAAAACACUUCAAAAACCUUUUUGGUCAUUCAUGGGUGGACGGUAAGUGGAUUGUUUGAGAGCUGGGUUGAGAAACUAGUUGCCGCACUUUAUAACAGGGAGAAGGAUGCUAACGUCAUUGUUGUGGACUGGUUGGACACGGCACAGAACCAUUAUGUGGUGGCAGCACAAAACACAAAGAUGGUGGGACAAGAGACUGGACUGUUCAUAGACUGGUUAGAGGAGACUGCCAGGGUUCCUCUGGAGAAGUUGCACCUCAUUGGCUACAGUCUUGGUGCCCACGUUGCAGGUUUUGCAGGAAAUCAUGCAACCAAUAAAGUUGGACGAAUCACAGGUCUAGACCCAGCUGGACCAGACUUUGAAGGGGUCCACGCCCAUGGACGGCUGUCCCCAGAUGAUGCCCAUUUUGUAGAUGUCCUCCACACAUUCACCCGAGGUUCCCUGGGUCUCAGUAUUGGCAUUAAGCAGCCAGUUGGCCAUGUGGAUAUAUACCCUAAUGGAGGAAGCUUCCAGCCUGGCUGCAACAUGAGAGGAGCGCUGGAGAAAAUAGCCAGUUAUGGAAUACUUGCCUUAAAUAAUGCCAUCAGAUGCGAGCAUGAGCGGUCCGUCCACCUGUUCAUCGACUCCCUGCUGAAUGAGGAAGAAGCUAGCAGAGCGUACAGCUGCGGGAGCAAUGACAUGUUUGACCGCGGCAUGUGCCUCCAGUGUCGCAAGAACCACUGCAACACCAUGGGCUAUGACAUCAGCAAAGUUCGUAAGGCAAGAAGCAUCAAGAUGUUCACCAAAACACGAGGCUCCAUGCCGUUCAGAGUUUUCCAUUAUCAGCUGAAAAUCAACUUCCUUGGGAAAAUAAAUCAAUUAGCGAUGGAGCCAGCACUGACAGUCUCACUUUACGGUACCAAUGGUGAAGCAGAAGAUCUCAAGUUGAACAUACAGGAGAAGAUCACCCCCAAUAAAACUCACUCAUUCCUCGUGGUAACCGAGAAGGACAUUGGAGAUCUUCUGAUGCUGAAGUUUAAAUUGGAGGAGUCCACAUCCUCUUUACUCACUCUGCUCUCCUCGUGGUGGUAUGGAGAUUCUGCCAAUUCUGGCAUACAGGUCCAUAAAAUCAGAGUCAGAGUUGGGGAGACACAAAAGAAGAUUGUGUUGUGUUUGAAAGAUCCCCAAACAGGAAGUUCAACUCAGGACGUUGUAUUUGUGAAAUGCAAGGAGCCAUGGCGGUCUUUAUCUAAAAGGCCCAAACUGAAAAGCCAAUGAAAGGAUUUACAAGUGAUUUUGAUAAAGCACUUCAACAAAUGUAUUUAUACAGCUGUUAUUUAUUAAGACUGCAACUGCACUGACUGUACUGUAUUGGAUAUAUGAUGUGUUGCUAUGAAUGCAAAUAGAUUGUGGACUUUUGUACUAGGGUAAGCCAUAGGCUUGAAAAGCCUUGAAAUGUGAUCGAUUUUAUUGAAUAAUAUUGGAUUUGUGUUUGAAAUUGCAUUUGUAAUGAUGAUGCUACUUUUCAAGCAUUGUCUAUUAUCUGUUUUAUGAAAUAAUUUAAGCAUUUUGUACGAAAUUAUAAUCAACAAGUUUUACAUUAUUGAUCCAUUUAGCCUACCGUUGUUUUGGCGAAUUUUCAUGGGCAAAAUCCAGUCACUUCAAUAGGAAUCCAUGUGAUUAAGAAUAUCACGUGAGGGCAAAAUAUUUCCACACAGACAUUUCAUAAUGGGUUUGUCUCACAAAUUCAUCAUGUUAACAGUGUUGCCAACUUAGCAAUUUUGUUGCUAAAUUUAGCAACUUUCCAGACUAUCCUAGCAACUUUUUUUUCC